AUGUCCAAGGAGCAACAGAGCUGCAAAAGCACCCAAGUAAGCAGCAUGCGUCGAGAUGAAAAAGGCAUUCCCGUUGCGGCGGCUGGAACCGCUGCUGGAACCGCUGCUGGAACCGCUGCUUCAGCAAGCAACUACGACGCCAGCGCCAGCACUUACUUCACCUAUCGCCCGCUUUCAAACCUGCCCACGCCGCCUCCGACGUACAAGGAAAACCCGUCCCCUAGUGCCAUUGCCUCGAGCGGGCUAAGCGAUGGAGAGCAGUUCAAUGCCAAAUACCGAGGACCUGCCAUCCACUUGGUCAAUCUCAUACCGUCGUCGGCUUCCCUCACCACCGCCUCUGUUCCUGUGGUGCAGGCGAUCCUUAGCCGAGCCGAUCUACCCAUCGAGACCGUAGCCCUUGCGGUAUGCAUUCUCGAUAGUCUGGACAAGACGUUUUCCCGAGCGUGGCGGCUCUGUUGCCCGCUUGUUCCAGGUGCUCCCGCACAAUCAUCGGCGACGAGUAAACGACACAGCCUCCCUCCCGCUCCGCUGCUCUAUCAACACCAGCAACACCAGAUGCUCCACAUUGACUCUGUUCCCCCCGAAAUCAUAGUUGUUGCGGCCCUGGUCAUUGCCGUCAAGUUCACCCAAGACCCUCAGCAGCUAUCACGGUACUAUUGCGAUGCGUGGGGUCGCGGCAUCUGGUCUUACGAGCAGCUCAACGUCACGGAGCGAUGCAUCAUGGAAAGUCUGGAUUACCGAAUCAUGCCGCUCUGCGACGAAGACUGCCUGGCUGAUGCCAUGGUGGAUAUGCAGCUGGCCGGUCAGCAGCACGAGUGGCACGCGCGCGAGCUGUCGCCUCCCGACAGCAUCUCGAGCAGCCACGGCGACGACGCUGGCUUCGUUGCUGGUCACAAACGGUCCAGGACGGCGAUUCCAGCGGCAACAAGAUUGGCGGCUGGGCCUGGCCUUUUAUUGACGCCUUUGGAAGAGCGAUGCCGCGCAACUACUGAAGUGGAUGGAACAUGCUAUUUUUGA